CUCUUGUUACUGCAAAAACCGUACAUUGCACCAACGCAUGGGUGUUGCACCCUCUUCCACAAGAUGAGGGGAAGCACCGCCGGCCUCCCGGAAACCCUCAGGGUGCGGCACAACGCCCAAUACUAUGCCGUCUUGUCGAUCCUGGACACUUUGUUCUCGUCGCUCGUCGUGGCGCCCCUGGUCAUCGGCUACUGGCGCAGCGUGUGGGAGCUCAUGGGGGUGUACGUCUACCCCGAGGACGAGCUGCUGAGCGCCUGCAUCUCCACGGGCCUGGGGAUCGUGGGCCACCUAUUCUUCACGCUGCUCCAGCGCCUGUUCGAGAGGUACCUACAUCCGGACCGGGGCCGGAUCCUGUUCUACGUGAUGUCCAGGGUGUAUACGGUGUGUUUCGCGUUCGUCUGCGUCAACGGGUGGAGAGGGCCGUGGCUGCUGCUGGCGAUGUUCACCAAGAACGAGCUCUGGUCGAUCCUGACGCCCUUCAUCGUGGGGAUUGUGGCUCUGGCGGCGAUGAGGGGGUUGAGGAACGCGUCGGCGGCGCCGUUUGCGGUGGUCCUCGAUACGGCGAAGGGGUAUUUCGAGGUUCCAACUAUGUUCAGAGUGGCGAUGAGUGAAAGGACGUCCCUCUACAUCCUCGAUUGCCUCUUUUCAGUAUUAAUCGUAGGAACGCUGGUGGUGUUCGUCUGGAGAGGAGCGUGGGCUCUGGUGGACAUCUAUUUGUUCCCCGAGAGCGAAAAAUGGUCAGCUUGGGGAAGCUUGAUCGUGGGCUACUGCGCCGUAGCUAUAGCCUUCCUGCUCCAACCCUUCAUGAAGUGGUUGUGCGACCGCAUAACUGGAGUAAGCCGGGUUUUGGUUGCUGAUUUGUUCUUAAUCCUGUCCCUCGUUGGCACCGUCAACGUGUGGAGAGGAAUUUGGAAUCUUCUUAAUCUGUAUCUACUGCCAGAUAAUCUCGAGCUUAGUUGCUGGUUAACCCACUGGGUUAGCCUCACUCUCCUCAUUCUCUUGGGGUGUUCCAACUCCCUCUUAGUGCGAGGAGUGUCCAUAGACGCCGAAGAACCCGCAGGCAAAUGUGUAGUGUUCCCUUGCUAUUACCUCAGACUGAUUUUCCACGAACAGAAACUGAAGAAGUUGCAAAGUGAACAAAACAAAACGGAAUUGGAUAACGUGAAACCGUGCGAGAACAACCACGUCGUUAACGAACAGUAUCCACAAACUUUACAAGUUAACCAUAAAGUAGGUGAUGUCUGACGGUGCGCAGUGCGGGAGUAGCGGUGGAGGAUGGAGUUUUUUCUACAAAGUAUUUAUUAACCUUCCAAAGAUGUACAUAAUGAAUAUUUAAUAACGUAACUGUAAAUAAGAAAAUAAAUUGCAAAUCCACUCUUGUGCCUUGCUUUGAAGAAGUGAACGCCAGCACAAUAGUAAUUGGGCAAAAUUAGAAUCAAAGAGUCUCAGCAUGAUUUUAUUAGUGGUGACUAGUGACAUCCUGACCCACUAAAUGCCUUGUGAAGUAGUAAUUCGAGUGAAUGCGGAUGCAGGCGCUUCCUAAUUUGUUAAUUGCUCAUUAAACAAAUCAACAAUCAAGCUGCCAUUAAGUCAUUGUUGGGUUUGCAGAGACCUACAAAACUCAGAAAAAAUCUAAACCACUCACACUACUCAUCACUAAGUAGCAGUAGGGUAAUGACAGCAUACACAUAAACACCAACACGACAAGUUUCAGUCAAGGUAAAAACGUGUUUAGUUAAACUUCUUCGAGCAGUCCUGCAGAUCUGCGGUUAGCCACAAACCGCACACUCGCUAUUUAUUACCCGUUCAUAGUGCCGAGCUGUGUUUUGGUGCACUUUUAAUUAUCAUAGCCUUGUAACACGAGGACUGGUGGAAGUUCGCAUCCCCAAUAGCCAAUAGCAAAACUUUUACACACAAUUUGAUAAAAAAUCAACAACUUAUCGUCGCUUUUAAGAUGCCAAAAACCAAGAUAACGAAUUUCAACAAUUUUUGAACAAACCAACAACUGUAUUUUAUUUACCAUAGAAACUUAUCUUUCCACUACCUCCAUACCAAAAUCGAACUACAACCGUCAAUAUUUACAAAACCAAUAUUAUCUCAAGCCGAACAUUAAUAUUUAACUUAAAAAUAGUUGAUCGAUCACGUUCUAACUUAACCAACGCAAUGAACAAAUUUCUUCCACUGUUAGUAAUUGUCAUUGUUGGCAAUAAUUGUCAAGACUUCGCUUACCCCGAAAAUCCGGGACAACGUCUAGACGACGACAAUAAAUCCGAGCGAGUACCUCUAUACGCUCCAGACAAAUGUCCAGAAAACCAGCUACUGUAUCCCGGAAACCAGAAAAAUGACUGGAUUUGCGACUGCGGACCGGGGUACAUUUACUACCCGCCUCAAGAUGGAUGUUUCAGUGCUUAUCGACAAGGUCCUUGUCGUCAAGGAUAUCACUUAAUCCUGAAACGCAACAAAGUGGUACCGGAGUGCGUCGUCAACCCUUGUAAAGACGGCUUCGCCAGAUACAAGGGUAAAUGUUAUGAAUUGGAUAAACCAAAUGGACCGUGUCUUCCGGUCGAAGUUGGCGGUGGGAUUUUUGGCGUCAACGCAACCACUUUGACAGUUGAGUGUCUAAAAGGGACCGAAAAGUUGUCCCUGUUUAAUAUCCCUAGGAACUGUCCCCUUGGGAGCAAACGGGACAGGAACAACACCUGUCGAGAGAACUGGAACGUCUAGUAGUACUUAUAUGUAUUUAAUUUUAACUGAUUUUUUUUUUUUUUAAUGUUAUGUAAUAAAAAUUUCAUAUGUUCAUUUAUUUAUUAGAAUAAAGUUACGCAUCACACAAUAAUAA